GAUGAUUAAGGUUAUAUGCUAACUUGUUUUACUCACUACUAGCGCGGUUGUUACCACGAGGAUGAAGUUGGAAGUUUGUUCCUACAGCGGUUUUAAAGUUUAUCCGGGACAUGGGAAACGCGCUGUCCGCAUUGACGGUCGUGGGUUUUACUUCAUAAACAAAAAAUGUGAACGGUCUCAUUUUUUAAAGCGUAAUCCGCGUGAGAUAAGCUGGACGGUGCUCUACCGAAGGAAGUACAAAAAAGGGAUAAGUGAAGAACUGGUAAAAAAGCGAACAAAACGUGUUACUAAGAGUGCUCGAGGUAUUGCAGGGGCAAGUCUAGCUGAAAUCAUGGCUAAACGUAAUCAAAAGCCAGAAGUUCGUAAAGCGAUGCGUGACCAAGCCAUACGGUAAGUUAGUCUUUUUCCGAGUCCAACCUUAAUUUAGUGCAGCUAAAGAAAAACAAAAGCAAAAAGAAAUGGAGAAGAAGGUGAAGAAGGUCGAAAAGAAAAAGCCUCAAGUAGCUCCUUCAAAACAAAAAGCUACUAAGAUCACUCAGAAGGCUGCUCCUAGAGUUGGUGGAAAGCGUUAAUGGAUAUGUGACAAGCUUAUUAUUUUGUGGAAUAAAUUUUUCUUCGUAUUUCAUGUGUUGAGUUAUUAAAAUUGAUUAAUACCUUAAACCACAAGAUUGUUAGUACAUGAAUAUGCUAUUCAUUUGUGUUACCUAUGCAUCAAAUGUUCAUUUCGGGUGGUUUUUAUAUGGUAAUAUUUCGCCUGUGUAGUCAAUUUCAGUAUCAAGCAUAUAGUAAUCACUAAUUGAAACUUGAAGGGAGACUCAACGAACUACUAAUUACAUGUUAUUGGAUAAGGAUUAAUCCUUUCAUGAUCCCAUUUUAUCUGUCCGCAAACUUUUCAAAGAGGUUGUGUUUCUCCCAAUUCUAGUAGUAAUUCAUUGCAGCCAAUGUCGUGAAGGAAAGCUAGAAUCUUGUUGUUGUUCCGUGCGCACUUGUAAUUUCAAUGUGGAUGAUUAUUUCAUAAUUUUAUACUGAUUUUGCGAUAAAUUUCAACUAGUUUUAAAGUUAUACAGAAGCUCACCAAUAUGGUGCUAUCUUAGUGUAACUCACCUAUGCUAUAUCAAAUUUACAUUAUUAUUUGUAUUGAAUAUUCAGAAAAGUUGUCCUCAACAUACAGCUAAUUAUUUCGGUGUUGGUGUGGAAAUUAUAGAUAUAUUCUUGACACUUGAGGCUGAUUAGCUAGAUGUUUCUCCAUCUGCUUUAUUGCAAUAGAUGCUCUCUUUAAGUGGGUUACUUUUUUUACUCGGGUGUGGCGAACCACAUUCAUGGCCGAUUUCAUGAUGACCUCAAGGAUUGUAUUUGGCCGAGAAAUAGCUCGACAGCUACUUGAACGUGUUUCUUAGCAAAGACUGAAAGUAACGGUAUGGCCUGGAACAAAAAUCUGAGAGUAGCGAAAGUGCGAUGGACGUAAAUGAAAAGCUUAGAUGAGCGGGAUUGACGUUAAAAUUACUGAUGGUUUCUCACCUAGAAAACCACUGUUCAGAGUUGUUCAAAGUUGUUAUUGGCCUACCAUAGCCUCACAACCGAUAAUAAACCAAAAGCAUGUCAUCUUGAGUAAGCUGCCUUUGGUUGCGUUGACUUUACACCUCCUAAAGUUAUCGGUCCUUAUAUUAUGUUUGCAAUAUUUCGCCAAAUACUAGGGUUUAUUUGAAAUCAUUAAACUUAUAAUGGCGAUGGGAAUCCUGAAGUUAUCAGUGUAUUUAAUACUACUAUUAUCAUCAUCGUACAUGAACAACACAAGCUGUCGGUCGAUUAAAUAAUAUUGAUCAUGCCUGUAUCUUUUAUUAAUUGACAAUUGGUUCCGUUUUUUCCUUUUGGUGGUAGGGUUUAUUUGACAAGCUAACUUGAAAAUUACGUAUCAGGGUAAGGGCUUGCACCAAUUUAACCUGUUUUAGACUUAGUCCUAAGUGCUUAUAAGUUCGUGUUUCUCGCGUACCGAUCCAAUGUUCAGGAUACUUAGUUGAAUAUCGUUCUUAGUUUUCUUUUCAGACGAAGUGAAGACUUAGUAUUCCCUGGCUCUUUUCCAAUGUGACUCGUAAUUGGCCCCAGUGAGCUUUAUUGUAUGUAGACGCUCUGACUACAUUUCAUAAUAAAAGUUAUAUACUAUCGAGUUCCUAUUAUCUUUGAUGAUUUAUUUAUCAAACAUGCACUUUGAAGCAAAAGUAAGGUAUCUGACAUUUUUGGCAUGUGGUUGUUAUAGUUGGUUGUGAAAUAUCUGCACAUUCAUGUAAACUAGCCACUUCAUGAUGAAGUGAUCCUCGUAAAGAGCCUAGAAUCAAGUGUAUUCAUUUUUAAAAAUGUCAAUACAGGUGCAUCUGAGUCUAAAAUUAUGUAGAACGUGAUUAGUAAAUUUAUUGAAUGUCUGAGAAGCAUGUGUUUUUCUAAUAUCAAUGUUGUAAUUAAGAAGUUUCUUAGAAACUGUUAGUAUACGUUUUUACUGUGUGAUAUACAGGGUUAUUUUUUGUGUUAUGCGGUUGGGUCAACGUGAAGGAUUUUUUUGUGACAGUUUGUGCCACUAAACAAAACUCGUAUAGUUAAGAUUUCUUAAACCAUGCAAGCUAACACUACGUAUAACAUUUAUCUCAAACCAGUGUGUGAAGAUUAUACGUGCACAAAGCAACGUUAAUUGGAAGCUACACUAUUGCAAUAAUAAAUGCCCAUGUAAAUGGUGUACAUAAGCUGCAAAUUAAGGUUGUUAUUAAUGCACAUAUGCAUUGGGUAGUAAUUGUAAGAAUUAGCGAAUAUGAAUGGUACCACAGUAUUAUCUCCAUAAUCUAUCAGGAAAUGAAUGCUACUAGUUUUGCUUUAUUAUCCGUGGUAAUAUUAGUCAUAAUUAGUCUUCACUAUUAACGUUCCUCUGGUUGUUUCUUAGCCACUAUAACGAUAGUGAUUUUUAUCAAUCAUUUAGGUUUUUACCAGUAAAGAAGAGGAGUGGUUCCUGGUAUUUAAUGCUCCCUAGCUUUGGAUAAUAUAGUGUUGUGUACUGAUAUAAACUGCAUUAUGUAAGAUGGUAGAAUGCCCAAGCAGUAUACAUCGACAAACAACGUAGGUUGCAACUGCUACCUUUAAAGUAUUCUUAGUAUUUUCUACCUAACGACUAUAUGAGUUAAGUUCCAGUGAUUUUUCUCUUAUGUAUCAUAUCAUUUUCCACUUCCUUACCCACCUAUUAAACGGAACCGCUUUCAAGAUGUAUGUUACUAUGGAAGUGUUCCUUAGGAUAGGACCUUCUUUUUAGUAACUACCGCUUUAACGCAUCGUCCACAAUUCCGUUAAAUGUCGAUCACAAUAUGAACUAUUCAUUUUUUUCAAUUACUAAUAGCGCGAUUGUAUUGUUAUUAUUGUAUGCUGCAUAGGGAUAUUUUUACUGCACAUCAUAGUUUCACAAAGAAUUUCUUUUAAUAUCUUUCAUUAGGACAAGAUGUUCUUACGAAAUGAUUGCUGAAUUUGCACCGCUAUCGCUGCUAAAAUAUAAACCCCCAUCUUACGUAGAAAUGGUCGUAAAGUGAUUUAGCCGUCAAAUCACUUAACCGCGUUGCACAUCUUUCAAAUCGAACAGCCGAUUAGUCAUCCUACAUAAAAUGUACCUCAGAGCUAGAUACCGGGUAGGAGGUAUAUAAAAUCAGUAGUCGAAUGCGGCUGCAGUAUCUGAGUAUGAAUUAUGAUUGAUUUGUGCUAGAAACAGACAAUGUUUCCCUACUGAACAUUCUCAUUUAUGCUGUUAAGUGAUCUAAUUACAGUACAAAUGUAUAAUCUGUCCUAUCGCUAAACAAAUGGAAAUAAGCAAUACAAACAUUUAUUUCUUUAAACACAUAAAUAUUGGUACAAAGAGGCACAAAAUAGAUGUGCCACACUUCAUCGUUCGAUUUGUGUGAGGGCUGCGAUACUGCCCGCACACCCAAACCGGAGCUGAUGGCUUUCUUAGGGGGGCCACACCCCGAGCCUUUGACAUAAAAACUCAAUCCACAACGCAGUAGAGCAACGUUGGGAGAUGCAAUCCCAUGGUAGCAGGUGACCAACGGUUGGUCCAUACAUCUGUUUCCUCUGGAUCUCAUGCACAUCAUUGGUUUGGAAUCGGGGUUUUCCAACUCCCCGUGUCCACUAACCCGGUUAGAGCGCCAGACAUUCGCUUUGUCCUCUGAAUUUCGUAAACGACACUCGUGUUGCGAGAAGGCAGUGGGUAGGACUUCCCUGUCAGUGGUUGUAUGCACGUGGCCAUAUGAAAGAGCUGACUCUCCCCACUCUCGGGCGUACCAGGGCAUUUGGGGAACAAUACAAACAUUUAAGUACCUUCAUGAUCUAGCCUCAACCUAACACACUGAAAAUCUUAUUGUUUACAGAUGCCUCGAUACAACCUAUCCUUUUGGCUACAGGUUGAUGAUAUUUUUGUAAUAAUGGUUAGUACAGAACGCGAGUUUUGUCUGAUUUACACAAACUAGUAUAUCUACAUCCUAGUUUUGAUAUCCACACAUGGAGACUUAAAACCAAAUAGCCUACUGCUAGGUAAGAUAAUGGUGAUAAUAUUAGCUUAAGGUGUUAGGUUCCAUACUCAAAAUAUAAACAAUAACACCACGAUUCAGGUACUAUAUCUAAUUAGCAUGUAAGUGGUAUACAAUAAAGUCUGAACAACAAUAAUAAUAUCGGAUAUUUACACAACAUCGACAAUAAAUCACCAUUAAAGAGAAACUUAUAUUUAGCCAUGUGUAUUUAUGAUUUUUACACACACACACACACAUAUACACCAAAAGAAAUACCGGUUAAAAAUAGGGGGAAGUAAUUUUUUUAAAAAAAAACAUUUUUGUCACUGUGUGUAUGUGUGUACUUUUGUUUUCAAUCUUAGAACAUUCUUGCAACAAAUUAACUAAAAUAAACAGAGAUUGCCAAAAUAAUAAGAUGAAGAUGGGGGUGGGGUGGGAAUGAAGGAAGAAUUUCAUCAAUAUUAACAAUUGAACAAAAUGUUCAACAAAAGACAAACGAGAAAGC